CUCUGUGCGCACACGACUGCGGGGAGUGAGGAUGUCAGCGAGCAGGGGACGCGGUUAAAUAAAGCGCACACAGCUGCACGGACUGGUGCCUUUUGUGUGCGUGCAUGUAUGUGCAUGACUGUGAUUUGGACCGUGAGCUGCAGGCGACACAGUUCGAGUCCCACCUCUUUGUAUUUGAGUGAAGCAAUAGUGUGUGAUGCUCCUGCAGCGCGGAGAGAAAACCGGUCGGAGGUGAACAGGUUUGGGCCUCGGUUGGAGGAGCUAGUGUGACGUAGCAGUGCGCACACACAAACACAAACACAUAAACACACACACACACACAGACACACACACCGGCUGCUGCUGCUGCGCCUGCCAGGAUCUCAAUGUGGGGAAAUGACCGCGAGUGACCUCAAAGGAAACCUUGUAUUUUAGCGCCGCUGGGUGUUUUUUUAUUUUACACAACAUUUAAACAAUAAUGUGUGCCACAGUUUAGCUCGACAUUUUCCGGUAAACACCCACGUUACAUCCCGGGAACGAGUGCGGUGUCUCGUUGGCUGCACGCCCGGCUGUCUCGCUAGCUUGCGAGCGGCUAACAUCAGCUAAGCUAAGCUAACGCAGCAGCACCACCACCACCACCCCCAGCUUGUCACUGGCUGCGGCGGGGCUUCGACGGUUUUUUCUCCCGCAGAUGCUAAGCUAAGCUAGGCGAGGCUAGGAGCUGCUGCCAUGGAUAAAGCGAAGUCAAUGGUGGACAAGAAAGGAGCGUCGGGACCCUUUUAUGUCAACAACGGGCAGAGCCAGAGGGGGUGUAACGGCCACGUCGCUGUGUCCGCGAACGGCGGCUGCUGCAGCGGCGGCGGGUUCGGCUCGAGCCCCGGACCCAACAACAGCAGCGGCGGCGGCGGCGGCGGCAGCAGCUCGUUUGACAGCAUGCAUCACCUGCACCACGGCGAGGAUGCGGACUGCAACGGCUCCCCGGCUAAGAGGUCCAGGCUGCGGCGGAGGACGGAGUCGGUGAGACGGAACAGACCCCCCUUCCCCUGGUUCGGAAUGGACAUCGGUGGCACCCUGGUGAAGUUGGUGUACUUUGAGCCAGUCGACAUCACUGCGGAGGAAGAACAGGAAGAAGUGGAAAACCUCAAGUCCAUCCGCCGCUACCUCACCUCAAAUGUGGCUUAUGGUAAAACAGGGGUCCGUGACGUCCACCUGGAGUUGAGGAACCUGACCAUGUGCGGCAGGACGGGGAACCUGCACUUCAUUCGCUUCCCGACACAGGCCAUGCCCCGUUUUAUCCAGAUGGGACACGACAAGAACUUCUCCAGCCUGCAUACGACACUCUGCGCCACCGGAGGCGGGGCCUACAAGUUUGAGAACGACUUCAGAACGAUGGCCGACCUGGAGCUGCUGAAGCUGGACGAGCUGGACUGCCUGAUUCGUGGAUUGCUGUACGUCGACCGAGUGGGCUUCAACGGACACCCGGAGGGCUACUACUUCCAGAACCCGUCAGACACCCAGAGCUGCGUGAAGAAAACCUGCACCCUGGAUAACCCCUUCCCCAUGCUGCUGGUCAACAUCGGCUCCGGGGUCUCCAUACUGGCCGUGUACUCGGCGAACGACUACAAACGGGUGACUGGGACCAGUCUGGGAGGUGGUACAUUCCUGGGUCUUUGCUGUCUGCUGACGGGAUGCGAGACGUUCGAGGAGGCGUUGGAAAUGGCCAGCAAGGGCGACUCCACCAACGUGGACAAGCUGGUGAAAGACAUCUACGGAGGAGACUAUGAGCGCUUUGGCCUGCAGGGCUCUGCUGUCGCAUCCAGUUUUGGUCACAUGAUGAGCAAAGACAAGCGAGACAGCAUUUCUAAGGAAGACUUGGCCAGAGCCACACUGGUCACCAUCACUAAUAAUAUAGGAUCCAUAGCACGGAUGUGUGCUGUCAAUGAGAAAAUCGAGCGUGUUGUGUUCGUCGGGAACUUCCUUCGCAUCAACACCGUUUCCACAAAGCUGCUGGCCUACGCCAUGGACUUCUGGUCCAAAGGACAACUACGAGCCCUCUUCCUGGAACACGAGGGUUAUUUCGGGGCCGUGGGAGCACUGAUGGAGCUGCUCAAGACAACAGAGGAGCCGUGAAGGACACCGCGUGACAUCAUCAACCCUCGACAAGAAGAUCCUCUCCACCUCUGGAUGAUGUGACGUCGUCCACUUUUAACGCUGCUGAAAAGGUCCCGUUCACAGAGGCCACUAAAGGAACACUAAUCGAGGGACACAGAAACUGAGAAAAGCCAUUUUAAUAAUUUAACAUUUGUAAAUAGCGAUAACCUCUAACAUGUAUCUUCUGAAUUCCCCAAAUAGAGUCGCCCUAUCAUAGAGGUUUUAAUAUUGUAAUCUUUAAUUUAUGGUUUCCUGUCAUUUCUGCUGCUCUGUCGAUUCCCGUCUGGAAACACAGAGACACAGAGAGUUUAGUGAUCUUUGUUACUGUGUGUGUGUGUGUGAGUGAGUGUGUGUCAGUGUGAGUGUGAGAAUACCUACUGUAGCAUUAUGUCUUGGAGGCUGUGGUGUCCCAGCCGACUAUUUGUGCAACAAGAUCCUGUGUCAGCACAGAAAUGAAGUUACUCUUUAAUGAGUGACUGGGCAUUUUUAACCCCCAGGGACUCUCAGAAACAUCCCGUCACCACCAACGCCUCCGGCCGUCAUCUGCCAGCGCACAGACGGACAGAAAUAGCCAAACGUUUCAAACAUCGUGGCAGUAGCUGAGGCUCGGGAGGCAUUUUGUUGUUGCACAAAAAGUGGCCCGGGACACUUCAGUCUUUUAGGGAAGUGCACUGAAGCCAAAUCCUAUUGAGAUUCUUUCAACGCCUGCCUCCUGCAGCUCAGAACAGAAGCAGAUCAACAGUCUUUAAUUCUCUCUGUGUUGUUCCACUACAGAUGGCCUUUUAGUUUUUUUGUUCGUCUCUCCUCCAUCUACCUACAGCACAUGCAAACAUCAUUAACAGCACCGCUGUGCCACGUCCGCAUACUACGCCUCACCUGCUGAGUUUAGUGUUACACAGCGGGACCAAGACAUUGUCUUCCAAUAGUUAGUGCUUGUGGUAUCGCUGGUCUGCCUCAGUGACCACUGUUUGUGUUUGGGAUACUGUGGGAUUUUAUUUAUCUCUGCUGGGAAUCAUCUUUUCUUUUCCUCUUUACCUCCCGUCAGUGUUGAGCUGGAGAACACUUCAGCAGGUCGUUGGCCUGAUUCCUUGUCCUCUAGCUUCUCUGCCGCCCUGCUGCCUUGUUUGGAUGUAACAUUGUAAUGCAACGAGGCGCUCAGGCUGAGCCAGUGUGAUGCUAACGCUCUAUGUGAAACCUGGCGUUUAUAAAAAGCCCUUGACGCAUAUGCAGAAGAAUGCCGUCACCUUCUGGGAGACAAAAGGGACCAGGAUGCUUUCAGGCCUGUCGCCCCUCCUGUAAAAUACACAUAUGCAAAUUUAGCAGCAACGUGAUCCGCUCAACUUCUGUUAA